AUGGACCAUGGAGAGGACGUCACCGACAUUUAUUUCCUUGCUACAGAAUGUCAUGACAUUUUGGCAGGCUGCGUCUCUAAUCCCGUUUCGAGGGAGCAGAACUGGGCUCGGUCUGCGCAAGGCGACUCCAAUCUUUGGCAUGCUGGGAUCAAGGCAGAUUGUUCAGACAAGUCAUCUUUGGACUACCGUCUCAGGAAAAGGCCAGAUGUUCGGGCAGCCAUUUGCUCGCUUCUUAGCAGCCAAGUGACGACAUAUGUUGGGGUUUUUGAGUAUCAAUUGAUUAUUGUUAGGGCGUGGUUAGAGAGCUGGAAGCCGCUUCAACAUGUUGCUAAGAUGGUUGCUAAGAUGUGCGACCGCCAGUAUCCAUGCUGUAACUGCAUCAAGCGAGAAAAACAGAACAUCUGUCGUUAUGACGUCGACUCGAAGGACAAAUAUAAUAAUGAGAGUGGCUCAUCGGAAAGCAGUACUAUUACUACUAGUAGUAACAGCAUCAACACGUUGCAUCUGUCUCCACCCCUUAGCCAGCAGGUUGGCGGGUUUCAGGACGAGAUCCGAGAUUUUGGCUAUUCCAGCCAAGGAAACCACAAUUCUAUGAGCUUAUUACGAACCACAGAGCUAUAUGGAGUUCAGAGCACUUGUUUGGUUAGCCCAUCUAACUAUUUCCCAAGUGAUAAAAAUCAAAAGUACAAGGAACUGGUCCGCCAGCUACCCCCGCAAGACUGCAUCAACAUCCUGAUCGAGACGUUUUUCGCCAACAUCAAUUGGCAGUAUGAUUUGCUCGAUGAAGGACCCUUUCGAGCACAAUUAGAAGAGUGGGGGAAAGUGUCGUACUCUGACCUUCAAAAGGGCCCCGAAAGAUUGGCGCUGGAAACCCUUGUGUUCCCUGCCUUAUUACUUCAAGUCCUCGCUCAGGCGCUUCUUUUUCACCCCCCUCAUGAUAAAAAGAUUAGCUCCCUUAUGACUAUGGCUGACAUGAGCUUCCAUGAUCUUGGGACCGAAUAUAGCGAUAUAGGUGCUAAUAUACUAGCACUUUUAGGGAAAAGAGACAUCACAAUAGCUACGGUACAAUCGGGAUUGUUACGGGCAUCAUUUUUGAAAAGCAGUGGCAAAGUUGUUGAAGCUUGGCAUGUACUUGGAGCUACAAUCCGCGAUGCACAGGAGAUUGGCCUACAUACCGGGCGAUUUGUCUCCGAGAAAUCCCCAAUUGGAUCGAGCACCGCUGGCCAUAGAAUUUGGGUGAUCUUACAUAUUUGGGACGUACAUAUGGCUGUCGUCCUCGGCCGGCCAAUUACCACUAAUCUCCAAAUAGAUAGCUUCUCUCAUACUAUUGAGGAUGAUGGAAAUAGGCAAGGAUUGUUCUCGCAUUGGCAGACCGAGACUGACCCCCCUCGGCCAUUCGAUAUCAUUCUUGCCGGCUAUCAUGUGGCAUAUCGAUAUUUUCAGGACAUUCACCAGCUAGAAUACGAUGGUGCCAAACCUCAGGACUACCCAAAGGUCGAAUCCAUUCACGCUGCAAUCAAAAAGAAUUCCGAGCUUUUACCUUCUUGGUGCCGGUUGGAAAACCCGGAUACGAAAUUUGAUCAAAAUACUGCAUGUCAAUGGCUACCUACCGCCCGAGAAGGGCUAUUUUCUCUCAUCAACCUAGUUCUUCUCACACUUCAUCGACCUUACAUAUUCUCUGUGGGCAAUAGUCAAACGGAAGCUCUCAAAGCUGGAAUAUCUAUUCUUCGUGCACAAGAGCGGCUCUUCCGACAGUCAGAGCCAUAUCAGUGCCAGGUGUUUAAUCCGGUCUACGCUUCUUUCGAUGCGCUUGUUCUUGUUGCAGCAAUCUAUCUCACUUUUCCGAAUCGGAACCAAGAAUGGCGAGCAGAAUCUGUCCAAGUUGUUGAAAGAGGGAUGGAAAGGCUACGUAUCAUUGGUCUAGGUAACGCUAUGGCAAAAUCAGCACAUGGUGUUGUCUGGAGCCUGUACCAUCACCUAAAGCAUCGACUCGACAUCCCCGAAACUGCAGAGGACUUUGAAACACCUCACAGCAACCUAGAAUGGAGAUCUCCCAACAGUCAAAUAAAUUCUGGAACACUGUUGGAACCAUCCUUUUAUAACGUGCUACCACCGCGUCCGUCCCAUGAUCUGUUCUACGACAAUAUCUCUAGCACGCAAAUUCCCUUUAUGGAUAAACCGGACAAUUUAUCUUUGGAUUCACUUACCGCGAAUACGACUACGAAUGAUUGGAAUUUUGAAGGGGACUUUUCAAGUGAUAGCUUUUGGAGUUUGAUGAAUGAGCUUAUCGAUUAA